ACGCUGGAAUGUGAUGUCCUCCUGGCUGAUUUGGACCCUAAUAUUGGGAUUCCCAACCAAGAUAACUAUUUAGGCUUCUUACUUUGUACACUUUGCGAUAUUAUAAAGCGGGAUGUUGUAAAUGUAGUCAAUAAGUUACAUUUAAUCAAAUAAAUAAACUAUUUGCAUUAGUGUUAGAUAUACUAGAUAGGCUUAACCAUCAACCAGACUAUCAUUAAGAAUACAAACUAGUGCAUUUCUGAAUGAUUGAUCGAGUAAAGUUGGAUUUAGCCUAUGAUCUGUCAAGAAAAUGUAACAGAAAAACCUUUAUUUCAUUGUCUCAACAUUAUGAAAAAAGGCUUCGGUGUGCUGCUAUGAGUUCAGUGGCUGCUUAAUAACCAGUGUCAGCCAAGUUGCCUCCUUGGUGACUGCGCGCGCGUGUCUAUCAACAUCGUACAAGGAAUGUUUGUUGUCCGGUGCCCCGCAACGUCACGGAAUUUGGGAGCGCGACAGUGCGCCCUAGGACUCAAAUACUGUGGCAUGUUUACCGACGUGAGUUUUCCUGAUCCGACUCUUGUUUGGAGCUCGUCUCUCUUGCAUUGGAAUAGUACAAGGGAUAAGGAAAAUAAUCCGAAUAUAUGAUCUCGGUCCCUUUGAUGAAAACAGUCCCAUUUUACCCUCUGACUUCAUGAUUCAAUUGGGUGUAGAUGGUCUAUUCGCCAGAGAUGUCCACCGCUGCAACUCCAACCACCCCCUCUCAGUUAACAUCGGAUCAACUCACGGUCAUUGUGGCAGCAUUUUCAGGUCUGGUGUUCUUUGUGGUGAUCGUGGUGCUGCUGUCCAUAUACCGGAAAGAACCUCACUGCUGCAAGGACACCCAUGGAGACAUGGAUGCCCCUCCUCAGUACUACAGCAGCAGACAGACACUGGUGGGAAACCCCUGUCUGGACCAGACUCACGACAUCAUACACGACAACACACACUCACAGUCAGGGCAGCUGUUCCUUAUCGGCCUGCCCUCCAGCUACCGCCUGCCCUCCCUGGAGGCGCCCCUCCCCAGGCUGCCCUCCUACGAGAGUGUCAGGAAGAAGGACCGCCAGAGACAGAUACACAUGAUGAUCGCUGACCGUUUCGGCCUCAACGGCGCCAUGCUGACUGAGCCCCCUCCAACGUAUGAGGAGAGCAUCCACCACUCCAUUGAAGUGCCCUUUGACAUUCUGGGGUCUGUAAUAGACGCCCCUCAUCCCCAGAACAUUUACCCUCCGCACACUGGCACAGACCUUACCACUCAGUCAGAGGUAACCACUCAGUGCCCAUCCACUCAGGAUGCCAACAGUGCCACCCUACCAGUCUGAAUCCUCAGACUCGCUACUGACACACGAUGACAAGGACAACUGGAGUAUUGAUGCUUUUUAUCCAUCUUGAUGUGCCAAACUGGUCAGAGGAUAACAGACAGGGGAAAUGCACACAUUCUCAAUAGGUUGAAUCAGAUCCAGCAGCCAAUGGGUUGACUGUACUGUAGGAACAUCCUGCAGUGACAGUAUGCUGGAAGAUAGUGACCAAAGAUGGUGAAAUUCUACAUUGCGGGUUACUCCAUACUGACAAACUUGAAUGUCUAAACACCUCUUGUCAGUUGUGAUUUUAAACUGGAGCCUAAAUAAGAUUGAUGAACUGGGAAGACUUGGAUUACCAUUCUUCAGUGAAAAGGGAAACUGUCCUGUAGAUGACCAAUACCAUGACUAUAUAUGUCUGAGGUGGCAGGUUCUAAUGCCAAAGUUAACUGUAAGAGGAGACAGGCCAGGUAGAAAGACACUCCAUGACAAAUGUGCUGCUGAAAAACAAAGAUCAUUUUGCUGUGAACAGAAAAAGCACCAAAAAGGGAAGAACGAUCUUUAGAUUUAAAAGAAAUGUUUCUCAUAUUUUCUACAUUUGAUCAUUUUAUGGAUUAAAGUAAUCUGGAUUAUUGUUUUUUUGGGGAACUGUGUUGUAGCAAGUUGUUUUCUGAGUAAAACCACUCUCCUCUUUUAGUGCAAUGUCUGAGCCAAAAACGUAUAAGCGUGAGUUGUAAAAUGCUCAUAUGUCCUACCCUGCUGAACUUGGGUUGUACAGUUGAGCCAGCUACAAUUUGUGUGUUAGUCUUGGAACCUGUGAAGAGUGAGUCAACAACACCAAACCUGCGUUGGCUCUGGUAACGGGUCUUAAAUGCCCAAUGCAGCCGUUUUUUUAUAUCAAAUAAUUUAUGGGUAACAAUAAUGUACCUUACUGUAAUGGUUUUCCAUUAAAAUUAUCAAAAUUGUUUUUUUGUUGCUUUUAAGCGUUAAACGUUUAAACAAGCAAUAAUUGUGGUCUGAGUGGGGAGGAGAAAAGGGAAAACUAGUUGUUAUUGUUAGAGGUUUGGAACUCUUUAUUAUUAAUCUAUUAACUCAUUUACCACCUGGUGAUGCAAAACCUGCUGUUUAGAAGGUCCUUUGUAGAAUGUAUUUUCAACCAGGAAAUAAUACUGAUCAAAUCUUGUUAGUUUCAUCAGCAUUUGUAAAAUAUGAUGCAAAACACAAACUUCAUUUUGACUGCACAGGGCCUUUAAGAUACAAUUCAGCAUUGGGAUUGUGGGAAGCGGUAAGGAGCUACCUUUGUUUAUUCAAGAGCUCUGUGAACAGUGAAUGAGAAUAUUUGUGUAAAAAGCUUAUUUUUUGUUGUUGAUUAACUGGGCUGCCUGUUUUAACAGUCCCUGCACAAGCUUGAGAAGAAACCAGUAUGAAUGACAAGAAAAAGUAUGUAAUAUUUCCCUCACAUCAUGUCUGAAACAAAAGUAUGAGGUUUCAACAGCCGUUAGCAAGUUCUAUUCAAAAGACAUAUAAAUUCCUGUCUGUCACGUAAACUAAUUGAGAUGGUGGUGGCUUCUAGAUAAAGACAUGUUUAACACAGCGCCUGUGUGCUGUCUCUGUCUGGCCUUAAUGUCCACUAGUUUCCUUUUCACCUCAUUUAACACAUGAUUUACUUAACAAAAGGCACAUCUCAAUAGGUGGUCCAGGUAUGACAUGAACAAGCAGGGGGAGGGGCAGGUGGUACUUUCCUCUUUUGUUCUCCAUUGUUCCUCAAACAAGGAGGAGGCUGAUGACAUCACAUCUGACCAUCUCCUUUUAUUUUAUUUAUUUAACCUUUAUUUAACUAGGCAAGUCAGUUAAGAACAAAUACUUAUUUACAAUAACGGCCUAGGAACAGUGGGUUAACUGACUUGUUCAGGGGCAGAACGACAGAUUUUUACCUUGUCAGCUCGGGGAUUCGAUCUAGCAACCUUUCGGUUACUGGCCCAACGCUCUAACUACUAGGCUACCUGCCGCCCCAAACCUGCCACUCCAAAAUCCUUGAAGUUAACUUAAAGUUUGCGGUUGUCUCUAAAACACUAUUUUGCUCAAAACAUCUUUUUUUUUUAACCCUUUAGUGUAUGUAUUUAUACUUGGGAUAUUUGAACAGGAAAAGUAAAACAAAAUCACUGGAGGACGUCUAACUUUCACUUUCCGAACCCUCUAAACUGCACUUUACAUUGGUGGGAGCAGUGUUUUUGUGCAUUUUGAAUGACCCUGGAACCUAACGAUUAUACAAGUGAAUUAAUGACCUGUAAGUUUACUUUGAGCCCAGCACCAAGUUAUAUCUGACCUGUACACACACAUUGAACAUAUGUAUGUAAAUAAUAAACUGUUAUUAAAUCCAA